UGGUGAGAAGUCGGGAGUACCCUUUCAAUGAGUUGAUCACGUAGACUUGUAGGUUAUAGGGAAAGUACAAUUAUAAAUAUAAUACAAUCUAAUCAAGUACAACAAUAUCUAAAAGAAGAUUUCUAAGAUAUACCUCGUUGAGUGUACACAAACAGUUAACUGAUGCAGGUGUAAGCAUCUCGGACGUCUACCUGACACAUUCGGCGUCCAGAAGAAAAAGAAGGGAUACAGCAAGGAGAUUUACCUCGAUAACACAGAAAGCUUGGGUAAUGUGAAACUUGUACUGUUCAUAAAUCUUUGGGCGUCUAUAAAAUAUGGUAUCUGGUAAGUAAAAGGCAGAGAAACUCAGAGAAAGUUGUAGAGAUAAGCUCGGCAGAGAAAAGUUUGCUUCUGUUUCUAUUAGUUAUUUCUGUUAGUAUUAAUUAGGUCGGUUAAUGUUCUCAGAUUGUCUACGAUCUUUGUCUAUCAUCAAGUAUUUAAUGUUUUGAUCCAUUAAAUGUUAAGAAGUAUAAAACGAUUCCAAAAUCCAUGUUUUACAGCCAAUAACUUAUCAUUAGCCAUGUUCUAAAAAUAAUACAUUUAGCUCCAUGUUAAAGGUUCUGUUAUUUUUUGACUUCAAACGCAGGAAAAAUGGGGAGGAUGUUGCGUCUGUGGCUUGGCGAGUGGAGGAAGAACGAUUCCCAGUACUGGCAUUUCCUUCCGGAACCAACGGACACCGGGAUGACUUUGUACAUGGAGGGUGGUGAGAGCUUCGCUACAGUUGAGAGUAUUGUGAGAGGCCACUAUGGGGUUCGUGAGACCAAACCGAUGGUUAUCACCUAUGGUUUGCCGGACUGGAUGGUUGUCCCAAGUGGCCAUACUCCACCACUUACCAUAGGGAGUACUAGCGAGCUACUGGAACUGAUGACGUCGAAGGCCUUGGAUGGUGGAGUUCACUUUGUUGGUCACCAUGGGGGCGAAGAAUGUGGCGCGCUAUCAUUUCAACCGCCGGUCGCCGUUCUACAUCGGUUCAACAUCUUACGUUGUUGAUAACAAUCAGACAGUGUGCGCAAAAGCAGCUUACGAAAAGUUGGUUUUUGGCAAGAGGAUGAUAGCCAGUGAAGAAGUCAUGAACGAAAUAUUUGGUGAGGAAGAAAUGGCUUUGUUUUACAGAGUCGCAAUGGAAAUGGAGAAAGCUGACAAUGAGAAGAGUCGCGACAAGUAUGACAUUCGAGGCCCUGGCACUGAGAUAAUUAGGAUUGACGAAGACUCAGAGAUGGAAGACACCAGCAGAGUUGUUGUGCGUAUGGAUUCAACUAGGGGAGUUAUUCAGAGGGGAGAAGGCUCGACUGAUAAAGGGAAGGGCAUAUCUCUGGACUCUAUGGUUCAGAACAAAGGACCAGCUGUGCUUUGGGAUGUUGGGAUAGAUUUCAUGGGUUACCCAGAGAUUAGCCUCCGCGAGCGCGCAGCUGCAUUGGAGGCUAGUGAAAAUGCCUUUUGGGAGGGGGUUCUGCAUGAGCAAACAAUGUCGACGGGUGAAGCUACUGACAGCGAUGAUGAUAUUGAUGUUCUUACAGGAACCACAAAGACUAUCCCUCUCAUGAAGGAGGGAGGUGUUGCAUUGGUUGAGGACGAUGGGUCAUCUUCAACAAACAACAAUGCUCUGAAUCCCGUACAGAGUGUUGCUAAGAACACAUCAGCAUGCAUGGAAGCGGGAGUGGUGAUCAGAGCUGCUUUGGGUAUUGGAUCGGUUGCUGUGGUCCCAAAUGAGAAGACAGGUGGGAUCAACGCAGAGGAAGAAACAGCUAAAGGUGAUACCUAAUGCUGCGACUCAGGGACCUCCACCAGAGGCACUAGCGCUAACCUUGGCCUGCGGGGGAGGAGGUCCAAGUGUGGAGAGUUUCCCUACUAAGAAAAUCGAAGGAUCAGCUUCUGCAACUGAUAAGGAUGGUGGGUCUGGAAAAGCUUAGUAACAUCACCAACUGAAAUUAUCAACUUUUAUAUUGCUAUGUCUAAUGUUUUAAGUAUUUCAAUCUGGGCUAAGUAUUUUGGGUUACGGUUAACACAAAGUUUAACCAGAUGGGUUGGCUUUUGUUGGGGUAAACUUUUGAGUAACCGUUUAUGUUAAAUAUGAACAUGUGUAAGCUAUGAUGUCCCUUUAAAUAAUGCAUGA